AUGAACCCGCGGAGAGUGUACGGGAAGACAAGGACACACUUCCACGGUGCGCUGGCGUGCAGCGCUGUGGGUCAACAAGAUCCCGCUGGUCGUCUGUAUGCGCCUGGGGAUCUGACAUCAAACGGGGCAAUCGACAGUGCCUACGAGCUGGAGGCACCAGGUCGCCCCCGCCAGGCGCCCUCCAACAGCCUGCGUGGUCCGUGCCCCUCUGGGGCGCUGGAGAUCAUCAGCCUUCUCGACGCCACAGGCAGGAGAGACGCGUAUGAACCCGCGGAGAGUGUACGGGAAGACAAGGACACACUUCCACGGUGCGCUUGGCGUGCAGCGCUGUGGGUCAACAAGAUCCCGCUGGUCGUCUGUAUGCGCCUGGGGAUCUGA